GGUUGGUUCGUUGGUUCGUUCGUUCGUUGGUAUAAUCAAUCAUUGUGUUUGGCGGCUCCAAUUCAAAUCAAACAUGUCCAUUACUAUGCCAUUGCUGCCAGAUAAUGAAGACCAUAACAACAACAGCCAAUACAUCAAUAACCAGUAGAAAGGGCAAACCUUUCUGCUUUAUGAUCAUCAUCUUCAUCAUUAUCAUCAUAAUGGUGGGUCCAUUCACAAUUACUCAAUCGUUGUUGUUCUUAUAAUUGUCCAUCAAUGACCACCAUCAGUGAACAAUCGAAUAACCGCCAACAACAAAUCAACCAUCUCCCUUUUUUUUUAUCGAUAACCUUGAGUAAUUUGCAAUAUUCGAAUUUCAAUUGAUCGCAACAUGCCAUUCGCCAAGUGGAAUCUCGAACCAGUAUAUGUUUCUCGGACAUUACCAUGGGCAUCGGCUGUGGCGGCUGCCGCAGCAGCUGCUUCUGCUACAACAACAAAUUCAAAUGGUCAAAAUUCUCAUCAUCAUGAUCAGAUUAAACGGAAGGCCAAAUCGUCGGCAGUACCACCAGUUCUGCCUGCAAUACCGAAUUUUAAAACACCGAAAAAUACAAGAACAAAGGUCAAAGUUAAUAGUGAGAGUUUUCGGGGUAAUGACCAUGUGAAUGAUUGUGAAAAACACCAUGAUGAAUCAAUGAUGAAUGGUCAUAGCCAUGAAUCAAAUGGCAAUAGUCAUCUAAGUGAUGAUGAGGAUGACAUUAUGGCACAAAAUGAUGAUCAACAAUUGACAACACCGAUGAUCAUUGAGUCUAUGAAUGGUGGGAGUGGAAACGAUAUGACCGAUGAUGAACAAGUGUUGCUCAAAAUACAUAAUCGAACAUUGGUUGGCAUUAUACAACAAAUGGCAUCAUUACUAUAUACAGCCGAUCAACUAUUUGCUGAAAUGACCGAUGAAUGUCGAAAAAUGUUUGAUCGUAGUGUACGGAUACGAUCACGUUUUAAUAAAUUGAUUAUCGAUAUCGAUCAUCUUAAUCACAAAAUGCGUCAUUCAGUUCCAACAAUUGGUCACAUAUCCGACUACUGCAAUCAGUUUCAACAACAACAACAGCAGCAGCAGCAAAUGGAUCCUAUUGUAAUGAUUGGAAAUGUUCCACAUCAACUAAAAUGUUUGAAUCAAGUAAUUUAUCUUAAAUCAGCUCAAAAUCAACAACAUUCAUCAUUAUCAGGUCAUCAUUGGAAAAGUUCGAGGUCAUUAGAUCGUUCUCUAUUUACCAUUGAUAGUCGGCCAGUUUCGAUUCGUGAUUUAUAUGCACGUGCACAUGCACCCGGUGAUGUACGCCUUUCGUGUUCAAUAUUCUCGCCAUUCAUACAAUCCUCACCAUGGUUGAAUGUCAAUCAACAUCAACAACAUAGGCCAAUUACAUUAUUAUCAUCAGAAAAUAUGACUAAAAUAGAUAUUGAUCGGAAAAAGAAACAAUCACAAUGCCAAUGUCAUUGUGGCCAAUGCCAUACAUUACCAGCAUCAAAUACCGGUGAUAAUCUGGGUGUUGAUUCCAGUAUGGUCGAAUCAUCUUCUAGUCGUGAGCAUAAUCAUAACACUCAAUGUGAAUAUUGUCAUCAUACUACGGGCAUUGUAUCCAAUGAAUCUAAUUCUUCCACAUCAUCUGCCUCAUCUUCAUCAGUUGUUACCUGGUCAUCGGUCACUUCUUCAACAUUUGAACCAAUUGCUUCAGCAUCACACUGUCAACAUAGAAGUGAACAGAAAAGUUUAAUACGAUCGUCAAAAGCCAAAGUGACACCCAUGUCUUCCUUUUUAUCAUCCGGUGAUUACUAUCCAAACAAUGAUGAUGAUACUUCCAAAUCAAAUCAUAGUCAACCUAUAGCAGCUGCCACCAAAACUAUUGAUGAUUUUUUCCGAAAAAAUAAUGUCAAUUUACAUGAAAAUGGACAAGAAUCCAGAACCCGAUGUAUUUGUUCAUGUGAUCAAUCUGAUCAACAAUCAACAUCUAUCAUGGAAUUAUCUCGUCAGGCCAGUUCUAAUGCAACAAUUAAUCAAUCUGUAUCAAUGGCAACAGCAGCAGCUAUGGCCAUGGGAACACCAGCUGCAGCAACUACUUUACCCGAUUAUUGGUAUUGGCGGUGGCUUAUGGAAUCCAAUUAUACAGGUGUUCCAAAUGCAAGUCAUAGAAUGACCGAUGGUGCCUCGAAUAGCAAUUUCAAUCGAAACGGUUCUGGCCAUUAUAAUCAUAAACGAUGGUCAUCGGCAUUAACCGGUUCAUCACCGUUAAAACCCACGUUGUUGGAUGAAAUGACCAUAUGGCUUCGAGAGAAUAUUGAAACUCGCCGGCCCGAGAGCAUUGUUAUCAAAUCGGCAUCUGAAUUACCUGAACAUGUUUUAUUGGAAAGAGCAUUAAGUCCGCCGUGUUCAUCACAUUCAAUUACUUUACGGCGUCAUCAUUCAAAAUCAUCGAUUAUCAAUGAUGAACAAGAUGAUGAAAAUGAAAAGCAGCUACCGAAAUUAAAACGUCGUUGGUCAUUACUUCCACUACGACGGUUAUCUAAACGUUGGCGUAUGGUGAAUGAUAAUAAUCGAACUAAUCGUUUAAGUUUGGCUAUAGAUGGCUCACUUUCCGAUAAUGAACGAAUUGAACGUAAAAAAUUGUUAUUACGCAGCCAAUCUAGUCAUGAACAUAAUGAUCGUGAUAUCCAUACAUCAGUUCCUAGUGACAAUAAUGAUGAAGAUGAUGAUCCAAAAGAAAUAAUAUUAAUGUCACCUGAAGAAAGAGACCAAUUACUGGCCAAACAAUUUUCUGAUCCACAAACUGUCUCCAUCGAUGUUUCUGGACGUUCAUUUGAUCGUUUAUCUAAUACACGACGAUCAUUGAUACAUUCAGAAUUUCAUGUACCACGUAAUAAGAUCCCGGGCUAUCAUUCACAACGGAGAUCUCGUUCUAAAUCACCUCAUGUUAGUUCUCGUCAUACGAACAAUACUAUGGUAUCGCCUUAUGCUCUUGGACAUUGCACUGAUCCAUCUAAUAUCUAUAAAAAUCAAGCGCAACAAACGCCCUUGCAGUCAGGAACAAGGAAAAUUAUUGCCAUUGAGAAAGGAUGCCAAACAGAUAAUAAUCUGCUCGUGAUCAUGGAUGCAGCAUUGCGAAACUCAAAAACUAACAACAAUCGAUUUGUUGUGCCGAUAGAAGUUCAUCGCAACCACAAUGAUUUGAUAAUAACUGACCAUCAACCACAUAAAGAAGCUCGACGGCAGCCAUAUAAUGAUGACGAUGCAGAUGAUGAUAUAGAUGAUUAUGAUGACUAUGAUGAUGAUGAAGAUGAUGAAUAUGUGGUUAUAAGGAAACGAUAUCACCAAACGUCAAAUCAUAGAAAAGCCAGAAUCGAUGAUACUACCUCUUCGAAUGCAUCAAUGGAAUUAGGCAUUUCAUGGCGCAAUCGUGUUUCUCUCAUGAAGCCAAUGGUUCCAGGAAACUGUUCGAUUGCUACCCAAUCUGCAUCUAUUAUCGAUCAAGCCAACCAUGGAAUACAUGAACAACAGAAUCAUCCUUCGAUUUCCGUACAAACAGCCAAUACUACUCCAAUGACCACAAGUACCACUUCGACUACAGUCACAGCUAUAAUUGAAAAUAACGAAAUGAAAAAGGAUUCUGGAACGGCAAGCAGUAAGCAAAAUGGAGCUCGUUCAUCAAGCGGAAAUUGGAGUGCAGCAACCAGUGAUUUGAUACCUUCGUCUUCUUCUUCUUCAUCGCCACCAUUGAAUGUACCGUUGGUUUCAAAAAAUGAGAAUAAAAACCAACAGCAACAACGACGUAACCUCCGAACACAACACUUGGAUCCAACAACAACUGCUGUCACAAAUAAUAACGCUGAAGAAGCAGAAUCUGUGUAUUCUGUAGACAAUGAUGGCUACUAUACUUCAAUGCAUACAGAUUCUGGUUUGUUCAUGUUGGGUAAUUAUUGUAAUCAAGCUUUACCAUUGUCAACGGUCAACGCUAAGACCAAAACCAGUACAUUUACUAGUCAGACUAGCCUGGCUAAACGGCAACAACAUUUACAACAACAACAGCAAAGACGAUUAUUGGAUUCCACCGAAUCAUAUCGAUUCAAUUUGGCAUUACCUCUUCAACAACAGCAUCGUUGGAAACGUUUGAAUGCUACAAUGGCUAACCAUCAAACGCAGCAAUCAGCAGUCUCACCCACAACCAACAAGAAAGACAUUAAAUUGGCCAAUAUCAAACAUAAUGAUGAAGAAGAAAAAAAUACAGAUAUCAAGAAAAAUUUGAGAGCAAACGAAACUAGCAAUUCUUUGAGACGAUCCUCACAGGAAGAAUUUGGAUCGAAUCUAUCAAUAAAUUCGAUACUAUCAAACAGUGAUGCUUGUGAUACAUCAACAGCAGCCAUGGAUCAUGUUAGUUUUGGUACCUGUAAUUCAUCCAUGGUGGAUUUCGAUUGUUCUGUGUCACAUUGUUCACAUCAACAACAACAAUCUCAUUGUAGUAAACAACAACAGGGUUCGAGAUCGUACGGUACCAAUGGUGGUUAUAUUCGUAAUAGUCAAUCAGGUCGCUUACGUACUGCUUCCGGUACAUAUCAAGAAGAUGAAACUGGUACUACUACCUGUACUGGAACUAUUCGUUCAAGUUCCAGUUCAGAAACAUUGCAUACGAAUGAUUAUGAAGAAGAGCCGAUGCAUGAUGAUAUGAGGACCAAUGAUCGUAGUCAUAUACAGAAACCACAUCGAAAUUAUCAUUCAUUAUCAGCAGUCAAGAUUAAUCAUCCAUCAACAUCGACCGUGACCACUGCCGGAACUGUCAACAUUUCGAAACAUAAGAAAAUUCAACGUUACACUAGUCUAACCGAAAGUAGUAGUGCAUCGAGUAGUUGUAGAAAAUUGCCACCACCACCACCUCCUCCACGAGUAUCGAGCAUGUUACGAACAUUGCAAAAGUAUAACACGAAACGGACCACUAACAAACGACUAUCAACCGAUGCUGCCGAUGGUUGUAAUCAAACAACCAAUCGAAAUAGUUCAUCAACAACAAAUGAUCAUCAGAUUGUAUCGCAGCGAACAUCAGAUACAUCGGGAAAUCAAAGUCACGAUGUAUCCAUUGGAUCGGAAAGUAAUUCUGAAUAUUUGUUACAAUCAAUCCACGAUGAAAGACGACGGAGAUUGUUUCUGGAUGUCGAUACAAAUCGUUCAUAUCCACCCUUAUCCUAUAUUGUCUAUGAUCAAUUGACUGAUACAGCAACAUCGGUCAGUAUUCCCAGUUCAGUUUGUUUUGAUGAUGAACCAGGUAAAGAUGAACAAGAAUCAGGAAGUACAGAUCAAGCUUCAAAUGAGGAAAACGACCAGAUUUCAAAACAAAACAAAACUUUUAAAACAUCAGAUGCAAUGAGCAAUCGAACUAUAACUCCUGUGGCGGAUCAAGAUCAGGAUAAUGAAGACAUUCAAUCACAGCAACAUCCACAAGCUACGAAAAAACAGCUAGAACAUCGACAUCUUUCAUCACCAUUACCACCACCGAAAUUGGAUUCAUUUAAAUUGAAUCAUAACAAUAGUAGCCAUCGACAAAAUCGUCACCAUCGUUCAUAUCAAAGUCGAUAUCAAUCUACAUCACCUUCAACAACAAGAAAAAUUCAGGAUUCUAAUCAGCUCUCAUCCACAUCGUCAUUGACAUCUUCAUCAACGAUCAAAGCUCCAUCUUCUCCAGAAACCAUACCGAAACCAAAGCCACGUAACUCAUUGAUUCUCUGUUCCAUUAACACUACCUCUACAUCGACAGCUACAACACCCCCAUCAUCAGUGAUGAGCAGCAUUACAUUCUCUACGAGUACUUGUUCAUCCACUGGGGGUGCAUUUAGUUCGCCCGAUUCUACUAAUACGACUGUUACUGCCAUUAAUGCCAGAUCAGCUAAAGAUGAAGACCAUCAAUAUCAACAGGAUACAGAUACCAAGCAAAGCGAUUCAAUAACACCCACAAAACUCCUUCAUCGCCCAUGUCAUUAAUGAGACAUUCUAGUAGACGUUUGACAACUGAAGAUUUAUUCAUAAUUUUGCAUAAUUCAAAAAAACGACAUAAUAUUCGUGCUGAUCCACAGCUAUUUCC